AGAAGCGCGUUUGAGUGUGUGGCGUUGGGCAGAGAUAAUGAGAUUAGGUGUGAAUAAGCACGUUGUGCGGUGCUCGAUCGACACCGUUUCAGGCGAGUCCAAAACCCAUUUUCUCGCCAAAUCCCAACGUUCGUCUUUCUCAACUGUCAAGUUCCGCCCUGGCGAUGGUUCUUCAGGUAUUGUGUUUUUGUUUUGAAAAUUCUUCCAUUUCAGAACGAAGGGAAGAAGAUCGACCGGAUGAAGACAAAUUAAAGGACAUGAAGAUCCGAGAAGAGUUGGCACCCAGGGAGAUUGGUAAACGUACUUAUUUGCCCCCUGCAUGUUACACAAUUUCCAGGCAAAGGAAGAUAAGUGUUUGCCUUUUUUUUAAAGAGUAUCAAGGUACCGCAAGGAUACUCUUCAAAUAUGAAGAGUUUAGUGUCAAUGCAAGACUUAAAGCUUGUUGGCAUGAAGUCUCACGAUUGUCACGUCUUAAUGCAACAAUUGUUACCGGUGGCUAUUCGUGGAAUUUUGUCCAAAAAUAUUAGGCAGACCAUAAACAUGUUGUGUUCAUUUUUCUCGUCAAUUUGUUUUAAAGUCAUCGAUCCUACAAAGUUAGAUGAACUUCAAGGCGAGAUUGUUAUCAUCUUGUGUCAACUAGAGAUGUUUUUCCCUCCUUUUUUUUGACAUCAUGGUACAUUUACUUGUUCAUUUAGUUAGAGAAAUUAAGUUGUGCGGACUGAUAUACUUAAGAUGGAUGUAUCCUAUUGAGCCUUAUAUGAUUGAAAGGUAUAUUUCUAAAGAAAGUAUCGAGUUUUGUUCAGAUUACAUGACUUCAACAAAUCCAAAAGUAGUUCCUGGCA